CUGAAAAAUCAUGUUUAUUAUUUUUCUAGACGACGUGUAAUUUGCGUAUGCAAUGACAAUUAAAUUGUGAAUAUCCAAAAUAUAUCAAAUUUAAAAAUAAAGCAAAGCAGCACAUAAAAUGGAGCAAAAACUGCUGCUGCUCUUAUUGCUGGUCGCUGUAGCAGCAGCUCACGAUGCCAAAGACUUUGAUGAUUCCGUACUCUACAAAAUAGAUUUCGAAGUGCCUAGUUUAUUAAAUGAUCCGGAGUUGGGCGGUCAAUUGCGGACAUUUUACACACAAGAGAAGGAAAAAUAUGAGUGUUUAAUACCAGAGCUAGAGACACCCAAGGAAGAGGAGAAAACCAACCAGCCGGAGCUGUCUCCCAUUGCGCUACUGCAACCAAUCUUUUCGGCGCCCACCUGCUCGUUUCGAAUUGAAGCCUAUUGGUCAUAUGAGAUCUGUCAUGGUCAUCAUGUGCGUCAAUAUCACGAGGAGCGCGAAGGCAAGAAUGUGAAGUUCCAGGAAUACUAUUUGGGCAAAUGGAGCGAGGAGAAAACUGAGCUGGCUAAAAAAACAUGGGAACUGGAACGUAAGGCCGAUGGCAAACCAAAGUAUAAGACGUUGAAAAUAGAUAAUACCAGAUAUCCAUACUUUGAAAUGGAGUUCACCGAUGGAACUAUGUGCGAUAUUAUUGAUGCGCCGCGAACGACAAUGGUGCGCUAUGUCUGCUAUCCACAUGGCAAGGAUGAUAUCUAUUCAUUCAAGGAGACCUCAUCGUGUAAUUAUGAAGCUAUUAUCUUGACCUCAUCGCUUUGUGCCAUACCUGCUUUUCAUGCGGAGGAGACCAAAGAGAUAUCUAUCAAAUGUUUCAAUUCACAAACGGAUCCACAUAAACCAAUUAGUAUGCUGCGUCAGGAGCUGAGCGAGUGGGAAGAAAGUGAAAACGAUUUGCUCGUGUCGAAAGAGAGCAAAGCACCAGCCAAGUUGUUUUCCAAGACAGAUGGCGAUAUGGUUACCUUCAAGUAUAGUGGGAAUGUGGAUAAAAUCAUCUUGGAGCUGAUGGCAAAUAGUGAUAUUGACGUGGACAAUGAAUAUCAACAGCUCUUGAUAUCGAGAUCUGCUUCAGGAACAACUCCAGCGCCUUUAAACGAUCUGACACCUAUAAAGGAGUUUAUAUCGGGCAAGAAUUGUCUAACUGGAGGCACCGGGUGGUGGAAGUACGAGUUCUGUUAUGGCCGGCAUGUGCGCCAAUUCCAUAAGGAUAAAAACAGCGAAGUCGAAUUGUUUCUGGGAUAUUUCUCAGAGGAAUCGCAUCGUUUGUGGGCUAGUUCAAAUCCCGAUAAAGGCGCUCGUCGUCCUGGAUUUACAUCGUCCAUAUGGCAUCACUAUGAGAAGGGCACCCACUGUGAUCGCAGCGGUCUGCCACGCGAGGUGGACGUUAAGUUAACUUGUACUCCAGUUACCACCAGCGGUACGGCGGUCUCCAUGUACCUGCUGGAGCCAAAAACAUGCCAGUAUAUUCUAGUUGUUGAGUCACCCAUCAUCUGUGAUCUCAUGCAUUAUGCGGACGACAGUGGACUUGUUACGGCAGAAAGUUUGCAAAAGUUUCUGGCAACUGAUAAGGCAGUUCCAGCUGUUCCAUCUGCUGAACGAAAUGCUGAAACCGAGGAACAAAUACGAUCCUAAAGCUUAUACACACUUACAAAUGUAUAUAUUUGAUGUAAUAAUAUAUGGACUUAGUUGAUGUGUUGAAUACAAGAUAUUUA